AUGGGACUUGUUCACAACAUUGUCGGCAUUAUCGGGAAUGUCAUCUCUUUCGGUCUCUUCCUCUCGCCAGUGCCAACGUUUUACCAAAUAUAUAAGAAGAAGGCAGUAGAGGAGUUUCAGCCAUAUCCCUACUUGGGCACUGUGAUGAACUGCCUCAUCUGGAUGUUCUAUGGUCUCCCCAUUGUUAAAAAUGACAACAUUUUAGUGUUGACCAUCAAUAGCGUCGGCCUUGCCAUUGAACUUAUCUACUUAUCCGUCUACGCCGUUUAUGCUAAUGAUCGCAAGAAAAGGGUACGUACAUCAGUUUUGACAGGAAUCCUUGUGGCCGUGGCUAUGCUGUGCCUGCACAGUCAUAGAGUUCUAUUCGUGGGAAUUAUAGCUGAUGUUUUCAACAUUAUCAUGUACGGUUUACCUUUGGCCAUAUGGAAAAAGGUUUUCGAUACAAAGAGUGUGGAGUACAUGCCUUUUUGGCUCUCGCUGGCUGGCUUCUCUAAUGGCAUCUGUUGGACCAUUUAUGCACUCAUCCAGUUUGAUAUCUUCAUCCUGGUUUCUAAUGGGCUAGGAUCCAUCUUAGGGGCAAUUCAAUUGGGUUUAUAUGCUUACUUCUACUUCAAUGGAAACGAUAAAGCUAAAGACCAAGUGAAGAAGCCGUCAGAGCUUCAGCUCUCUGAUCAACCUCGUGGAACAGUCUGA